AUGGAAAGGCGCGUGGAGGUCCAGUGCAGCGAGCGCGGCCGCGCGCUGGCCCACGCCUGGAACGCGUCCGUGGACGCGUCCGAGGCGGCGGUUGCGGGGCUGCGCGCCAGCAACGAGGCGCUCAAGGGGCGGGCGGCGGCGCUGGCGGCGCGAAACGAGGAGCUGGCGCGCGAGUUCAAGGCCGUGGAGUUCCUCAGGCGCGAGGCACUGCGCUUCCGCAGCGCGAUGGAGGACGCGCAGCAGCGGGCGGCCGACGGCGCGGCGGAGGGCGCGGCGCUGCGGGCGCGGCUGGCGGCGCUCGAGGCGGACGCAGCCGAGGUGGAGGCGUUCACGCGCAAGAGGCUCGCGCGGCUGCGCUGGCGCAACGCGGUUGCGACGCUGGGCACGUGGUCCCGCGAGAGCUCGGUGCAGAGCGGCGGCAUCAAAGGCGGCCCCGGGGCCCUGCUGCGGCGCGUCAAGGCCCUGGAGUCCCUAACGCUGGCCGUGCUGCACACGGAGCACCGCAAGGCGGCAUUUGGCCGCGGCAAGCAGCCGGAGCAGUAUGGCGCCGGCGGCGGCGCGCCGCGGCCCGACAUGAUGGCGGCGGUCAAGGCGCGCACCGCACCGUCUGGCCUGGCUUGGGCUCGGGCCUGCGGUAUCUGGGGCGAUUCUGGCGACUGA